ACCACGCUCCUUCCUCUAACUCUUCACUCACAACAACAAUGGCCCCCUCUCACUCCGCCACCCUCCUCUCCGCCACCCUCCUCAUCCUCUGCUCUCUCUCCCACGCCACUUCCACUGGUCACAUUCUGACCGUGGUCAACAACUGCCCCUUCCCCAUCUGGCCCGGCAUUCAGCCCAACUCCGGCGGCCAAGUCCUCGAAAGAGGCGGCUUCUUCCUCCCCAGUCUCUCCCACCGCUCCUUCCCCGCCCCGACCCAGUCCUGGUCGGGCCGGAUCUGGGCCCGUACCCACUGCUCCCACUCCAACAACCGCUUCUCCUGUCUCACCGGCGACUGCGGCGGCAAGCUCGAGUGCAACGGCGCCGGCGGCGCUACGCCAGCAACUCUAGCCCAGUUCGUCCUCCACCACGGCCCCAACGACUUGUGGUCGUACGGCGUCAGCCUCGUCGACGGGUUCAACGUCCCCAUGACGGUGACGCCGCACGAGGGCAAAGGCGUCUGCCCCGUCGUGGGCUGUAAAGCCGACCUCCUCGCCACGUGUCCCGGCAAGCUGCAGGUGAGGUCGCACCCGGGGGUGGUGGCGUGUAAGAGCGCGUGCGAGGCGUUCGGCACCGACGAGCUGUGUUGCCGGAACAAGUACAAUAGCCCCCAGACGUGUCGGCCUUCGAGUUUCUCGCAGUUCUUCAAGCACUCCUGUCCUGCUACGUUUACCUACGCCCACGAUAGCCCCACUCUCAUGCACCAGUGCUCGUCGCCGCGUGAGCUCAAGGUCAUCUUCUGUCACUAGAUUAUGACGUUCAGCAGCAAAACGGUGCCGUUCGGUGGCGUCUAGCUUGGUUUUUAGGCCUUAGUUUCGAAUAAAUAUUAGGAGGGAAAUUUAUUAGGUUAGUUUCUAGCUUGGGUUAUUCUCUUGUAUUAGUAUGACUGUACUGGAAUCUGGGUUGGCUAUGGAGUUUGUAUCUGUAAUGUUUAUUGGGCUUUGGCUAUUUAAAAAAAUCCGAGCGAGUUU